CAGUGGGUGUCUCUUGUCCCUCCGUGUCUCUUGUCUCUCGCUGUCUCUUGUCUCUCCUGUCCAGUCCUGCCCUGGCCUCUGAUUGGCUAGAGCGCCCCAUCAGGAUGACGUCUGCACCGGCGCCUACCGAUGACGACAUAACUCCUCGACAGGCUAAUUAGCUCGCUGACUGUUAAAAACCCCGGAGCAGCGGAGCUACCGUCAACUGUCCGUCACCGGGAUCAUCUUCACGGGGAAGACAGUUGGGUCUCUCUCCCUCAGUGAACACAGAGAGGUCUGAGCCUCCGUCACCAUGACAGACAACAAGCGCCUCGCCUUCUCCAUCAUCCAGUUCCUCCACGAUCAGCUCCAGUCAGGGGAUCUAACGUCAAGCGCCCAGGAGAGUCUGGAGGUUGCUGUUCAGUGUUUGGAGACAGCGUUUGAUGUCUCGACCGAUGAUCAGAGCCUCGCCGUCCCCAUGACGCUACCGGAGAUCUUCGCCUCCGCCACCGCAAAGUUUCCAGCUCAGUCGCAGGUCAACAACAACUCCACCCCAAACUCCAUUAGUGAGGAACAGAGAGCUGAGGCUGAGAGACUGAAAACCGACGGUAACGACCAAAUGAAGGUGGACAACUUUGCAGCUGCUGUUGAGUUUUACUCGAAAGCCAUCGCCAUGAACCCUCAGAACGCCGUCUACUACUGCAACAGAGCUGCAGCGUACAGUAAACUGGGGAACUAUGCCGGAGCCGUACAGGACUGUGAACAGGCCAUCAGCAUCGACCCCAACUACAGCAAAGCCUACGGGAGGAUGGGGUGAGAGGAGCG